UUUAAUCCUAACUCAUUAAGGAACGGAGAGCAAGUGCCUGUGCAAACCCUCUGGGGAACGAGAGAAAGUGACGGGAGAAGGAAGGGACACGACAAUCCAUCAAAGGAGAUAAGUUGAGCUAAUUUACAGCUUGAGAGUCAGAAGAGGGGAGAAAUCAAGCAUUUUAUUUUUGCUUUUCAGUUGUUUCAUGCCUGCUUUUCCCCAUUACCCUUUCCCUUAUUUGUACUAAACUUCUUUACUUGCAAUCUUAACUUGGGCCUGUUCAAGCAUGCCCACAAACGGAAUUAACAGGGCCCUGAAGCUACAGUUUGGCCUCAUCAACUAUGAGAACCGUUACCUGACAGCCGAGGCCUUCGGCUUCAAGGUGAAUGCCUCAGGUGUCAGCAUGAAGAAGAAACAGAUCUGGACCUUAGAGCAGGACGAGCAAGAUGGCCAAGUAGUGUUCCUUCGCAGCCACUUGGGACGUUAUCUGGCCUCUGACAAAGAUGGAAAGAUUGCAUGUGGGGCAGAGAAGCCUGACCCUGACUGCCGUUUCCUUAUUGUGCCUCAAUCUGAUGGUCGCUGGGCACUGCAGUCAGAGCUUUACCUGCGUUACUUUGGUGGAUCGGCUGACUACCUAUCGUGCUUUGCCCAAGCCAUUGGGGAACAAGAGCUGUGGGCCGUCCAUUUGGCUUUACAUCCGCAGGCCAGCCUGCUCAGUGUGGCACGUAAGCGCUAUGCCCAUCUGUCUUCCUCAGAUGGAGAGAUCUCUGUAGACAGCAAUAUUCCCUGGGGAGUGGACUCCCUGGUCACCUUGGUAUACCUUGAUGGCAAGUACAGCCUGAAGACCUGUGACAGCCGUUUCCUCAGCAAUGAUGGCAAACUGGUAAAGGAGAACACCAAUAGUACUAGCUUCACACUGGAGCUGAAAUCCGGAAAGCUGGCUUUUAAGGACUGUGAUGGGAAAUAUCUGACCCCAGUAGGUCCAACAGGGACACUGCGAUCUGGCCGAUGUUCCAAGCCUGGAAAAGAUGAGCUGUUUGAUCUUGAGGAGAGUCAUCCACAAGUAGUUUUUCAAGCCGCCAAUAAAAGAUUUGUCUCUGUCAAACAAGGAGUGAGUAUUUCAGCCAAUCAGGAUGUGGAGACAGACAUGGAGACCUUCCAGAUGGAGAUUGAUAAGGAGAGCAAAAAGGCUAUGUUCAGGACCAAUGGUGGAUCCUACUGGACUUUAGUGACUCAUGGAGAGAUCCAGUCCACUGCCACAGAAGUAGAAGUGAAUACAAUGUUUGACAUUGAGUGGCGAGGACAGAGGGUGGCACUCAAAGCAAGUAAUGGAAAGUAUGUUUGUACAAAGAAGAAUGGGCAGCUCUCAGCAGUCAGCGACGCAGUGGGUGAUGAUGAAUUAUUCCUGAUGAAACUCAUCAACCGCCCUAUGUUGAUUCUUCGUGGAGAGAAUGGCUUUGUGUGUCACCACAAGAACUCCAACACUCUGAACGCAAAUCGAUCUGUCUAUGACAUUUUCACAUUGAUCUUCAAUGAUGGCGCCUACAAUGUAAAAAGUGUCAAUGGAAAGUUCUGGUACAUCUCUAGCAGUGGCCUAGUGUGCACAGAUGGAGAAAAGCCAGAGGACUUUUUCCUUGAGUUCCUGGAACAUGGACGUGUCGCCAUCAAGGGGACUGAUGGCAAGUACCUUCGUGGAGACCAGGGAGGUACACUUAUGGGUCAUGGCACAACCGUUGAUGUAUCUUCUCUUUGGGAGUAUUGAUCCCUUUCAAUCAAGGUCCUCAAAGAGGGAGCAAGAGGGCGGGGUGCAAGACCCACUUUUAUCAAAUGAAGCAGACUGACAGGGUAAAAAAAAAUCUGCCUGUUUUUAUACUAGCUGCCUGAGCCCAUGUUUUUCUUUUAGUUUUUUUCAAAAAGAGAACACUUUAGGAAGAUAUGUUUGGUUUUAAUUGUACAUGUUACAUUUUUUUGUCUUUUAAAUAACAAUGCCAACAU